CGACAACCUUGUAAAUACGUACCAACACAUGUCAACAAUAUUAUUUUAACCGGAUGUAAAUAAGUUAUACGUGUAUAUAAAGAAGAAAUUAUCAACCGCUCUGCUCAUUCUUAACAUAAAACCGGAAUGAUCUUUACACCUCUGUCGAUCCUGUUAGUUCUACUUGCCGGUGCAUUGGCGGUUCCGGCACCAGGACAUGGAGCGUUGGCCGGAUAUUGCAACACGUCGGAAGAUUGCAAGGCCAACGAGUGCUGUGUAAGCUUCAACCGGUAUUCCGUAGUCGAUCUGUCCCCAGACCUCAAAAGAUUUGUGGAAGGGAAAUGUGAGCCAUUGGGAGGGCCAGGCGCCGCAUGCUAUGUGUCGUUUGCGCCACAAAUACUGAUUACUCGGUACUCCUUUGCAUGUCCAUGUCUCAAAGGCGCUUUUUGCUCGAAAAGUGGACGGCUUCCGCCUCGCGUAGAUGGCCCAGGGGUGUGCAAAGCCGUGGGGUGAUGAUAUGGAAGAUACAUGAACAAAUGCCAUUUCAAAAAGUGAUGUCGUUUCGUGUGCUAAAUAAAUGGACAAAAUUAGAA